AUGAAUGAUUCCACCAUGCGGUCAAGGUGCACAAUGUACGCCUUUGAUCCCCCCGCGCACGGCCGCAGCUUUCCAGGCAAGAACCACCUCCCAGGGAACCACACCGACACCGAGGAAUCUUACGUCGGCGCAAUCUGCGAGUUCAUCAAGAUGCUCAAGCUGAACAAGCCCAUUAUCUGUGGCGCCUCGAUGGCUGGCCAGGUAUGUGUUGCGGUUGCCACCCGCGCAGAAGAAGUCGGCGCAGGUGGAACGAUCCCGCUCCAGGGCUGCGACUGUCUGACUAUGAAGCGGCAAUUCAACGACAAGUCGCCUGUCAUCAACCAAUCGCUCUUCAACCCGGAUUGGAUAUACGGCAUGAUGGCCCCGAGCGCGCCGUUGGUGAACAAACAGCUCAUUUGGCAUCUGUACAGCGCUCAGGCGUAUGGGAUCUUCCACGGGGAUCUUGAUUUCUACUUUGGGGGCUUUGAUGCAAGGGACCCGUGUUGCCAGCAUUGA